AUGGUAAGAGACCUACAGCUCAUAGAAAGGAUUAUGAUAAAAGACUUUUCAUACUUUGAGGACAGAGGUUUGCCAUUAGAUAUGGAGAACGAACCACUAACAGUGAACUUGACAAAUCUCAGAGGCAGUCAGUGGCGGUACCUUCGAAACAAGCUGACCCCAACCUUCACUACUGGCAAACUGAAGGGAAUGCUAGAACAGAUCUGCAACUGCGGAGCAGAGUUGGUGGAACAGCUUGAGAAAUAUGCUACAACCAGAGAGGAAGUUGAUACCAAAUCAGUGAUGUUCUCGUUCUCCACAGAUGUGAUUGCUAGUUGUGCAUUUGGGUUGCAAAUCAAAUCUGACAGUUCAGAAUUACAAAAAUUCAAAGAGAUGGUCAACAAAUCAAUAGGAAACUCUGGUUUUACUCCACUUAGAAUGGCUUUGAAACAAUUUUACCCUAAAUUGGCAAAUUUCCUGGGUGUAAAAUCCAUCCCAUCAGAUGCUAAUAAUUACUUCAUGAACAUCACCAAAGCCACGCUUCACCAUCGUCUCAAGAACAAUGUAAGAAGAGAAGACUUCUUCCAGAUGCUGCUGACUUUGAAAGAGCAGGAUGAUACAAAUAACACAACAUUAUCCGAUGAUAAUGACAUUGACACAUCUGGGGAAGAUAUUCAACUUCAAUAUAAAUACAAUACUGAUGCAAAGGGCAGUAAUUUGAAAUUCACAGAAAAAAUACUAGCGGCUCAAUUGUUUGCAUUUCUUGCUGCUGGUUCAGAGGCUGUCUCAACUACCGCCAGCAUCGUUCUACACUUCCUCGGCUACUACCCAGAGACACAAAAGAGACUACAAGCUGAAGUUGAUGAAGUGUUGGCCAAGUACAAUGGACAGUGGUCCUAUCAGACCCUCAAAGAGAUGACUUAUUUGAAUCAGGUCAUACAAGAGGCACAAAGGAUCUUCCCCAUAGCCCACAUUCACCUCCGGAAUUGCACUGUUCCCUACAAGGUUCCAGACUCAGACCUAGUGAUUGAGAAAGGGACAGUUGUUAUGGUGCCCUUUCAGAGCAUCCAAUCAGAUCCUACAUACUAUCCCAAUCCAGAGGUCUUCGAUCCUGACAGAUUUACAGGGAAGAACUUCAAACCAUCACCGAUAUUCUCACCCUUUGGUGAUGGACCAAGGAUGUGCAUUGUGAUGGAUGGAAAUUCUGGGGUGUGGAUGUAUGUACAGUUGGCUGCCAAUGAGACGAGGUUAUUGGUUGCUGCAACUCUGGCGGUACCUGACAGUCUUGAUCCACAAGACAAGGAUUACUGA